CAUUUGAUCCAGCAUCUCAUCUCAAUAUAUCGACACUGCCCAUGCAUUCUUGGCCCCCCGACCCGUCGCCAUCACUGCAUCACAGCGCCGAGGAGCGAGCUACAUAUAUACAGCUCCGAUCCGGGCCAAAACAUUACAAACAGCACCGCGAACCCGCGCGCGCAGAGCAGCGUCAUCCUGCACGUCGGUCGUCGUCGGGUUCCAGCUCCAGCAGCUAUAGCUCUAUCUUCCUGCACGGAAGGCCGGCCGGUAUGGUGUCGAUGCUGGGGCCGCUGCUGCUCGCGGCUGCCUUCCUGGUGGCGUCGGCAGCGCCCGUGCCUGCUGCUGCGGCCACUGCUCCGGCGGCGACAAGGCCGUACCACGGCGGGUGCUACAGCCAUUUCUUCGCGUUCGGCGACUCGCUCAUCGACACUGGCAACUUCAUCCACUACUCCACGGCGCCGGGCCCCGUGGCGCACUCCCCCUACGGCGAGACCUUCUUCCACCGCCCCACCGGCCGCUGGUCCGACGGCCGCCUCAUCGUCGACUUCAUCGUGGAGCGGCUGGGGUACCCACGGUGGUCGCCGUACCUGGACGGGAAGAGCAAGGAGGACUUCCAGCACGGCGCCAACUUCGCGGUGGCCAGCGGCACGGCGCUCAACCAGCUGCUGUUCAAGAAGCACGGCCUCAACGUCGGCAGCAUCACGCCCUACUCCCUCGGCGUGCAGAUCGGCUGGUUCAAGAAGCUGCUCGCCAUGCUCGCCUCCACGGAACACGAGCGUCGGGAGAUCAUGGCGAGGUCGCUGUUCCUGGUGGGCGAGAUCGGCGCCAACGACUACAACCACCCCUUCUUCCAGAACCGGACGCUGGGCUUCGUCGACUCCCUGGUGCCCCUCGUGAUCCGCGCCAUCGGACGGUCGCUAGAGUCCCUCAUCCAGCUCGGCGCCAAGACGCUGUACGUGCCGGGCAUCUUCCCGCUGGGCUGCCUCCCGAGGUACAUCUUCCUCUUCCGCAACAGCAGCCGCACCGCCGGCGCCGGCGCCGACGACGACUACGACGACCAAGCCACCGGCUGCCUGCGGUGGCUGAACGACCUCACGUCCCGCCACAACGCGCUGCUCCAGGCCAAGCUCGCCGAGCUCCGCCGCGCGCACGGGGACGUCUCGCUCGUCUACGUCGACUACUACGGCGAGGUCGAGGGCGUCGUCGGCGCCCCGGCGCGGAACGGGUUCGCGCCCGCCACGGCGCUCGACGCGUGCUGCGGCGGCGGAGGAUUCCACAACGCCAACUUCAGCGUGCACUGCACGGAGCCCGGCGCCGUGACGUGCGCCGACCCGUCCAGGUACGUGUCCUGGGACGGCCUGCACAUGACGGAGGCCGUGUACCGGAUCAUGGCGCGCGGGCUGCUCGACGGCCCGUUCGCCCAGCCUCCCAUCAUGGCCACAUGCAACAAGCACUAGCGGUGGUCUAGUGGCCCGCCCCGGGGUUACCAAAAUAUUCAUAAAAAUAAAUAAGGAAUAACGUGCCUUUGUUUUAUUUUAUUUACUAUUGUUAGUGGUGUAGAAUGCUGACUGGUGAUAAAUUAAUGUAUACCCAGUCAGAAACUCAGAAGCUGCAUGGUUAGUAUUUUACAGCAAAAUAUAAAAUAUAUAAGAUGUUUUGGCUGUAAAACUCACCAGUCAGAAUUAUAAGAUGGGUUGCUAUGGACAAGGACCAAUUCCAAAAUCAUACUCCCACCGUUCGAAAUUAUAAGAUGUUUUGGUUUCUAUAUAA